UAGCAGGCUAGCACGCGCUGGAAGCGCGGAGAAGAAUCGGCUCCUCCGGGUAGCGAAACUAUUCUCCUGUGAUAUAUUCCCCUUUCACCUACUUGAACAGUUGUUAACUCAACUUGGUAACGACUAAAACCACGGUUCAACAGUCCAAGAUAUCGCUAAGUCCCCACAGUGGUUGUUUGCUGUAUUUGUUUUCUUUUAGAUAUUUAGCGCGUGUCGUUGUCGAGCGAGCUCGCGGAAGAGAUCAACAUCGUGCCUACCUCAAAUACCAAAGCAAAUCGACUCUGAAGAAAACCAAAAACUGUACACCAAGCGUAGCUUCAGUCGAGUGUGGCGUAAAUAUGAGUUACAAGCCGAUCGCCCCCGCACCCACCGGCUCCAACCACACGCCACCAGGAUCCUGCGGCUCUUCUCCAUCACUGCCCUCCUCAUCGAACUUUAGACCAGCAUUCAGUGACUUUGGUCCACCAUCGAUGGGCUUUGUGCAACCAGUGAAAGUGUCCCAGGGAUCCACCUACAGUGAGCUGCUCUCUGUCAUUGAGGAGAUGAGCCGUGAAAUUCGGCCUACCUACGCCGGCAGCAAAAGUGCUAUGGAAAGAUUGAAGAGAGGUACUCAAAUCAACCCUUGUGAUUGCAGAACAUUUGAAACAACCAGUGACACAUGUAGCCCCCCCCCGGGCUUAAAGGUGCAAGUGGAUGUUGUCCAAGGUUGUCAGUUCCUACCUUCUCCUUUGCGUUUCACGGAAGAAAGUAAGUCAGGCAGAUUUGGAAGGAAGAUAGAUGGAUUUGAAAGGACAUGAGUGUAUCAUCCAUGCACGUGCUCUUGUCAGGGAGUGUCUAGCGGAGACAGAGCGAAGUGCUCGCACAUAACCUCUACCAAACUCUGGUACUUGUCUCCGCAUUGUUCUGUAUCUCACAGACUUUCUGCCAAGGCUUUUUACACCAAC